AUGUUGUACACAAACUCAGAUGUUGUUUGGUGCAAAGUCUUUCCGACUAAAUUAAUUGGGGUCGCGGCCGAUUGGUUCAAUAACCUGGAAAAUGGGAUGAUAGAUAGUUUCGAGAAGCUGACCGAGAUGUUUGUGGGGCAGUAUGUUAGUAACAGUGUGCGGCAGAGAACUUCAGGGGGGUUAAUGGCAGUAGAGCAAAGGCGGGAUGUGUCUUUAAGGGAUCAUAUCAGACGGUUUAAUAAUGAGGUGAGUACGAUUCCGAAAUUGCAACAGGAGAUAGCUGUGAUGGCAUUGAUGAAUGGCUUAAAUGAUUCCGAGUUUAAGCGUUACCUUACGCGAAAGAAUUUUUAG